AUGAAGACUGGUAUCUUCACCAUUGCUACGCUCUCUUUGCUGGGCGCGACGUCUGCCCGCCCGCAACCAUACCGAGUUCAAAAUGAAAGGCGUGCGGCGCCGACGAACUACGUUACCGUCAACGUGCCUAAGGUUCUUGUCUGGAUGGACCGGGAUGGGAAACCAUUCAGUACCCAAACCAUAACUAUGGUAUCAACCACAUACGGUGUUCCACAGGAGACAGCCCAAUCGAGUCUUAAUUCAGACCACGAUUUCAACGAGAAAAGCCAACUUCCUGACCCAGAUUCAGACCCCUCGGCGUCAUAUCUUGCUGCUGCUGAUGUGAAAGAUGACCAACCAUACGCUGCCAAUGCAAAUGAUCCUAGUAGCGUGAACUCAGCUUCUAAAAAUCCACCACAACCACAGCCAUCAAAGGCCACGGCUAACAGAGUACCCUCGUCGUCGCAAGAUACCUACAAAACAGCACAGCCACCCUCAAACCACCCUCUCAAAAAUGGACUGGGGAUGUCUUACUCCCCUUAUCUAGGUGACGGCGGGUGUAAAUCUGAGGAAGAAGUCGACCAGGACAUCUCUAAAAUGGGUAGUUAUAACGUUAUCCGCUUCUAUGGGGUCGACUGCGAGCAAGUCCCCAAAAUCAUGUCUGCCGCCAAGAAACACAACAAGAAAGUCUUUGCUGGUGUCUUUGACAUCAACAAUCUCGACAAAGAUUUGGAAACGCUCAUUGAUGGCGCCAAAUCCUCUUGGUCAUCAAUCGUCACUGUCUCUAUCGGCAACGAACUCGUUAACGGUGGCAAGGCCUCUGUGGCCUCUGUUGUCCAGGCUGUCGACAAGGCCCGCUCGACCCUGCGCCAGGCAGGCUACACGGGUCCCGUUGUCACCGUCGACACUUUCGGAGCGCUCAUCAACAACCCAGAACUCUGCUGGGCGUCCGAUUACUGUGCUGCUAACUGCCAUGCCUUCUUCAAUCCUAAUACUGACGCAUCCGCUGCGGGAGAGUUUGUUAAGAAUCAAGCAAAGCUUGUUUCAGUUGCAGCUGGAGGGAAUAAGAAGACCGUUAUUACCGAAUCGGGCUGGCCUAAGGCCGGAAAGGCAAAUGGGAAGGCCGUCCCGUCCAGGGAGAACCAGCGGAAGGCGAUCCAAAGUUUGAUGAAUGCCUUUGGGAAUGAUGAUGAGGCGGGUUUGAUUUUGUUUUCCGCCUUCGAUGAUCCUUGGAAGAAGGAUAAUGAGUAUUCGUUUGGGACGGAAAAGUUCUGGGGAAUUCUGUGA